AUGGGUGUCAUGGUCCAUCUCCAAAGCACGGCCCCCUCGGCCAGCCAGAUCGCCAUCGGUCUGGUCUUGGUGGGCAUCAUUGCCGUGGCCGUCGACUACGCGCGAAUGCUCAUGCUACGGCAGAAAAUGCCACCCGGGCCCCUCCCCUGGCCCAUUGUCGGCAAUACGUUCCAACUUCCAGACGUCAAACCAUGGAUCAUGUUCGAGACGCUCGCGCGACAGUACAACACCCCCGUGAUCACGUACUGGAUCGGCCGCAGCCCGACGGUGUGGAUCUGCGAAGCCCAAGCCGCGAGCGAGAUGCUCGACAAGCGCGCGGCCAUCUACUCGUCGCGCCCGCGCAUGGUGGUCUUUGGCGAGUUAUCCUUUGGCCAGUCGAACAUUGUGUCCAUGUUUUAUGGUGACAGGUGGCGGCUACACCGCAAGCUCACGCACAUGGGUGUCGGACUCCAGCACGUGCGCAGCUACAGCGGGUUCCAGAACAACGAGAGCAAAGUCGUGGCGUUGGACCUGGUGCGCGACCCGGCCGACUAUGUCAUGCAUUUCGAACGGUACGCGGCGUCGGUGGUCAGCAUCAUUGGCUUCAAUCGCCGCAUCAAGGACAAGAACGACCCCAUCAUCACGGACGUGAUUGCCAUCAUGCAGCGCGCCGCCGAGCUGAACGUGCCGGGCAAGAAGUUCCCCAUGUUGAUGGAGACGUUUCCUGUGCUGUCGAAAUUCCCCAACUGGAUGGCCCCCUGGAAGCACGGGCUCGGCCGGGGCCGGGGCCGCGGCAAGAACUUCUACUACGCGCUCGCCGAGGAGGCCGCCAACAAGGAGAACCACGGCAACUGCUACGCCAAGAAGCUGAUGGAGGAGGCGCCCAAAUACGGCUUGUCGGACAUGGAGAUUGCGUCGCUGAACGGCAACCUGUUCGGCGCGGGGAGCGACACCUCGAGUUCCACGCUCAUCACGUUCGUGCUGGCGUGCUGCGCGUUCCCCGAAGUCCUGCCCAAGGCGUGGGAAGAGUUAGACCGAGUCGUCGGAUCGUACCGCAGCCCCGGCCUGGACGACGAUCUGCCUUACAUUCGCGCGUUCGUCAAGGAGGUCUUCCGAUGGCGGUCCGUGGCCAUCAUCGGGGGCCAGCCGCACGCGAAUAUCCAAGACGACUGGUACAAUGGCUGGUACAUCCCCAAGAACACGUGGGUGCAGGGCAACGUGUGGGCCAUCCACCGCAACCCGAAAGAUUUCCCCGACCCCGACCGCUUCGCUCCCGAACGCUUCAUCGAAGGCCACCCGCUGCACCGCCCCUUCCCCAACGAGAAAGGCUACAUGACCUUCGGCUGGGGCCGCCGCGUCUGCAGCGGCCAGGGCCUCGCCGAGCAGGGCACCUUCCUCACGGUCGCGCGCCUGCUGUGGGGGUUCAACAUCCAAAAGGCGCUGGACCGGACCGGCAAGGAGAUCCCCGUCGACAUCUUUGCGUAUACGGACGGAUUAAACAUGCGGCCCAAGGAGUUCGAGUGCCGGAUCACGCCCCGGUCGGCGGAGAUCAAGGAGACGAUCGAGCGCGAGGGGAAACAGGCGCUCGCCGAGUUGGCCCAGUAUGAUGGCGAGAGCAAGUACCGCGCGUCGACGUUCUACUUGCAGGACAACACCAAGUUUAGGAGCAGCACGGCUACCAGCAAGUGA